AAGCCCCAGCACCGCCUCGGGUGCCACCCUUUGACCUAACCUCGCCCCGGGCGUGACCCCAGGUGCUCGGUGCUGCUGGCUGGUGCAGCGCCUGGAGGGCGGAGAGCAGGGGCGCCUGGGCGAGUUUGGAAAAGCGAGUUUCGUAAGCGAGCCUUGUGUAAGGUUUCGAGGAGCCCUGGUGGCGCAGUGGUUAAAGCGCUUGGCUGCCAACCGAAAGGUCCGGCGUUCUGACCCGGGAACCACUCUGCCAUAAAGAUUUACAGCCUUGGCAACCCCAUGGGGACAGUUCUACUCUCUUAGAGAGUCACUAUCAACUGGAAUCGAGCAGUCGGCAGUGGGUUUGGGGGUUUUUGUUUGAUGUAGAGAUUUUAGUAAUUUUAAUGAUUUAUUCAAUAAUUAGGUAUCUGAUUUCUUUAGGGAAAAAUGUAAGAUUUUCCGAAAGUCAAGAGACUUGGAAGAUGUUAUAGGCGUUUGAAAUAAACGCAGCUUUGGGUAUCCUUCAAGGAUCUUAGGGGCUUUGUUAAGUAACAUAAGGAUUUAUUUGGCGUAAGCAUGGUUGUUCCCUUAUUAAGCCUUCAUGUCAAGUCUCUUGGAGCAAGCCCAACAGUUGCUGGAAUAGUAGGCUCCACCUAUGGCAUUUUGCAACUCUUUUCUAGCACACUAGUGGGCUGCUGGAGUGACGUGGUCGGAAAACGCUCUUCCUUGCUCACGUGCAUUCUCUUCAGUGCCCUGGGCUAUCUCAUCCUGGGAGCAUCCACCAGUGUGUUCCUGUUUGCCCUGGCCAGAGUCCCUGUGGGUAUUUUCAAACACACACUCUCCAUCUCAAGGGCUCUGCUUUCUGAUCUGGUUGCAGAGAAGGAGCGGCCGCUGGUAAUCGGACGGUUUAAUACCGCAUCAGGCAUGGGCUUCAUCUUGGGCCCCAUGGUCGGUGGAUAUCUUACUGAACUAGACGGCGGGUUUCAUGUAACAGCCGUCAUCUGUUUUUCUGUCUUCCUUCUGAAUGCUGGACUGGUUUGGCUAUUUCCAUGGAGUGAAGUAAAAUCCAGCACUACAAAGAAUGGCCUGCAGUUGGGUAAGAACAACACAUUUGCCGGAAAGACGGGAUAUAAAGUGCAGAAUGCAACCACGACCCAUGGGGCCACCGCAAGUGAGAAGACGGCUCGGCUUCCCUGGACGGAAGUCAUGUCGGCAUUGCGGGACACGAAGAGCCUGAUAUUUUCUGAGAUGUGGGACAUAUUUUUAGUGCGCUUGCUGAUGGCUGUGGCAGUCAUGCUGUACUAUAGUAAUUUUGUCUUGGCGCUCGAGGAGCGCUUUGGGGUGCGGCCGAAGACAACAGGCUACCUCAUAAGUUACAGCAGCACCCUGGGGGCCCUGGCUGGCUUGGCCCUGGGCCCCAUCAUGAGGCUCUACAAGUACAACUCUCACAGGAUCCUGCUGCACUCCAGCCUCCUCACCUUCACACUGCUGCUGCUCUACUCCACAGCCCACACCAUGCGGGUGGUCGUCUUCUCCUCCACCCUCCUGUCCUUCUCCACUGCUGUCGGCAGGACUUGUGUCACGGACCUCCAACUGACGGUGGGCGGGGCGCAGGCCAGCGGCACACUCAUAGGUGUGGGACAGUCUGUGACGGCGGUGGGCCGCAUCAUCGCCCCACUCCUCUCAGGAGUUGUCCAGGAGGUCAGCCCUUGUGGCCCACCUAGUCUGGGAGCAGCCUUAGCCUUAGUGGCUAUUUUCAUAAUGUUACUAAAGAAACCGGGCUAUGGUGGUGACAGGAGUGAUAAAUUAAAAAGCGAGUAGAGUGGACUGGAACAGCCUGAUGUAACAGAAUUCCAGGUGUGUGAGUCAGAGCUAGCACAUAAUGAUAGGUCUGGUGGUAUCACUUUAUGCAGGCGGAUGUGCUUUGCCGUGAGGUGUCCAGGUCAGCUGUGCAGUGAUGCCUGCAUGAGGUCCAGAAGUCAGAUCAGGCACAUUGGAAGGUUAAGAUUGAAGCAAGGCUUUGCCAAAGGGGAAGGUGUUAAAGAUUUGCCUAAAAGUCUCAUCUUCUCAUUUGGGCCAGUGAGGCUCAAAUUUUCCAAGUGGGGAAAAGCUACCAAAUACAGGCUAGGGAGGGAAGUGGUGAUGGAAUAACAGAACACGAUAUGUGGAAGAAGGGAAGAAACCUCAAGGAUUUCUCUACUAAGUAAGAGUAAAGGAACACAUUAAUAAAAUGCUGAUCACCUGGGACCUGGAUUUCAUGUUGACUUCUGUAAGAGUGAACUUUUGUGUAAUUGAAAUCCUAAAGAGUGAAGAUGCUGCCUUAUUAAACCCGACCUGUUGCUUUCUCGAGUCAUAAGAAGGUUAUGAAUGGUAGUUCCACCAAGGGAGCUGGUUAAAAUUCAGAUGCCUGGCCUCACGCCCAAAGCCUGAUUCAGUGGAGCUGGGAAAUCACUGUAUUUUAAUAAGCACCACGGGUAGGCAUUAUCUCAUGGAGGUAGGAAAAGAAUCACUCUGAGACAUACUGGUUUUCAUUAAAGUAAGAGUGUGAGA